AUUUUGGUUCAGCUUUCGGAAGCUUUCCAAUUCGCGAUGCCAGAGGCCAUGGAUGCUGACUCCCAAUUGAAGCGCGUGCCAGCUGAAGCACGUGUCACGCCCAUCAAGCGGCUUGAGGAGGCCUUGGAAAAGUCAACCCCACCUCCGUUGCGCACUCUAGAAGGUACCUCGAAGAUGUCAGAGAAGCUUGCUGACAUUCGCAGAUCAGCACAGGACUUGAAAGCACGUGCGUUGACGCGGGUGAAGGAGCCCGAGUUUCAGAAGUUGACGAUUUCCACAACUGGUGGGGUCAUCGUCCUCGGAGCCACCGGUGGUGCUUUCGGCAUUGCCUCUGGAGUAGUCGUUGGUUCGGCCGUCGGGCUGGCUCCAGCACUUGCCACGUUUGGCCUCUCAAUUCCUGCCGGGGCACUAUGUGGAGGAGUUGCAGGUCUCCUGCUUGGCAGCACUGUUGGUGGGACCGCAGGCGGAGCUGGUGGUUAUUGCGUCUACAAGUACAGGGUUCAAAUCAAGGAUGGCAUCGUUCAAGUGAAGGUAAAGGCCGUCAAAUUUGUGUCUGACGGCUGUGAGAAGGCCAAAGGCACUGCUUCAUCCGCAAAACUCAUGAUCCAAAACAGGGCGGCACAAGCUACAGAGAAGGCAGAGUUUGCCAUGGCCAUUGCCAAGGAGAAGUCUGGUGUGGCUGCAGCACUCGCCAAGGCCAAGGCUGGAGAGGCGUGGAACUUUACCACCGGCACCCGCUCCGGUGUCUCUUCCGCAAUGGCUGUGCUUGGUGGGACAAUGGGUUCCACAGCUGGCGGCGUGUGUGGUGCACUAGCGGGUGGAGCUGUUGGAAUGGUGCCGGCCCUUUUCACCUUUGGUCUGUCGAUCCCGGUUGGCGCUUCCAUCGGCCUCGUGGCUGGAGCGACCACUGGGGGUGGCGCAGGUGCUGUCAGCGGUGGUGCGCUUGGCUUCGCAGGCUUCACCUACCGAGACGACAUCAAGAGGUCGGCAAACUAUUUGUGCAGGAAGUCUAUGGACUCUGCUGAACAGGUGAAGAACAGUGUCAAGUCCUUGGUAGGAGCAGGCACUGGAGGAACUGCUUGAUGCAGCUUGGCUGACAAUUAUAUAGAACAUAUUUGAACAAUCUUCUUGAGCUUCGCUACUAGGAGCAAGGACGCUAUGAGUAGCUCCGGCUCCAGGCAUUAGUCUUAGUACUAGUAACAAGAAGCUACUAGGAACAAGGGGCAUCGCUACUAGGAGCAAGGAUGCUAUUAGUUUUGCUUGCUCCACAGACAUCGGGAGCUCACGACAGGUUUUGAUCUACAAGGGUCGCGGCUCAUUUUCCAAAGUCACACCCGCACUCACCCGUUCAAGGACGUAUGGCCUUAGUGGCCCUUUUGCAUUUUGCUGGUUCGCUGUUUUGCCGUUGUGUUGAUUGUGGCUGUUUUCCGUUCACAACUGUUUGGCUUGCAGCGCAAGCUGAAGAAGCCUGUGCUGAUCUCCUGGCGCAGUUGGGGGGGCCUAACAUUUGGCCAGCCGCGAAUGACUUACAGCCUUCAUGCUUGAAAAGCAAGACCGUUUGUAUCAUGCUGGGCCUGCACAAAUUCCCAUCUUGCCACAUGUUUGCC